ACUCUGCAUCACCUUGCCUACGCCUCGACUUCUCUUCGAAAUUCACGUUUCGGCCGCGCCGUCGUGCAAACGGCUCUGCAAUUGUCUUUUUGUCGGGCACCAUGGAAUCUAUGACCCAGCAACGACCACCUGCCCCCAGCAACGUGUCUCAGACCCAAGCACUACCGUCCAUUGCUUCUUUAACAAGCACACUCUCCCCUUCAGAGCAAAGCCCUGUCCGCCUCAGACAGCACUCAGAAGCUCGCGAAGCCCGCGACUCAGGUAAUUGGUCCAUCUCUCAAAGCAAGCACUCGUCAGGUGUGUCGAAUACUAUGGGUCUCCAGCUGCAGACCAUUUUGAAUGCCGAAGAUUCCCCCUCACGAAACUCGGUACCAGACACGCCCUCUUCGGCCAAAUAUCCGUCACAACAGGCCAAUGCAUUGCCCUCUCUCAACCAGGGGUUCGACAACCGUUUGAGUUUCGAGGCUGGAUCGCAUUUUGAUUCGCGACGCAGCAGUGUUGACAGCCGGAUGAACGCAGGAAUGGCUCACUUGGCAGUCAGUCCGUCCUCUCCUUAUGACAGCCAGAACGCCUCUCGGGUUUCCCUUGUCUCAAAUCUCCAGCAACAGCGAGGCAUCACAACCGCUGACCAACGACCAAACGGUGGGACUCCACUCUCUCCAUUGGGGCCUCGGACCGGUUUACGUGCGAACCAUCCUCCUAGGAGGGCUCCUGUGAUUAACCCUAACCCACGGAGUGUCUCUGGCAUGCCAGAUCCCAUGGCUGCUGCUCCGACGAAAGGUUAUGCUUGGGCUUUCCCGGGUGAUCUUGAACCCGAGGACAGACGAGGGUCGAGCAGCGGUGAGUCCAGCAAUGAGCGCUCAAUUCCCUCGCGCCAAAACAGCUUUGCCACAUCCAUCAACAGUAGCAUCUUUACAGCCGACUCAAAUAUUCCGGGAGGGCAGAAGAGAUUCGAAGACGAUAUUCCUACCACGCAUCACCACUCUAUGCAGCAUCGCAACGUCACAAACCUUCAGAGUGCAGAUCUCCCUAAUAGUCCAGGUAGUGGAAACUACAGUCGGACUCCAGAACUCCGUGUUAGCCACAAGAUGGCAGAGCGAAAGCGGCGAAGCGAGAUGAAAUCGCUGUUCGAUGAAUUGAAUGGAAUUCUACCAAACUCUCCUGGAAGCAAGUCUAGCAAAUGGGAAAUUCUAACUAAGUCAAUUGAGUACAUUAAGACUCUAGGUAGAGCCCAUGAGGCUGCGCGUGCUGAGAACGCGAGACUCCGACCUGAUGCCGAAUAUUGUCGAAGAGCCCAAGAAGAGAAUGAACUCUUGCGUAAUGAGCUAGCUUCUGUGUGGCAACAUCUUCGUCGUGUUGAGCCUGGAAAUCCCCACGUUUACGGAAGCAUGACAGGCAUGCUAGCACAACAACAUGCACAGACUCCAGCUGCGACGACGACAAUCCUUCCGCCACUGCAACAUCAACAGCAACAAGCUCCACAAUGGGCUCCACCUCCUACUGCUAUGCAGGGUGUAGAGUUUGCCGGCCCUCGUCCUUAUGAACACCGCUAAAGCCGUUACUUGAGCAGCCGCUUUGGGGUCUAUCAUAAUUCGCAUCUGGAGCUCUGUACACUAGCAUAUUUCCGACUUCUGUAUCCCCUACUACCG